CUCUCCUCCCCUCUCUGUAAGCCACGGUCACCUCCUCAGGGCAGGGCGGCGCCGAACCCUAGACGACCCACCGGCGCCAUGCAGAAGGCGGGGUUGUUGCGGGGUGUCUUUGCCCGAGUGUGGAAGUCUGUACGGAUGGCCAGCUCCGGGGUGGCACGCCGGGACCCUCUUGCGAAUAAAGUGGCCCUCGUAACGGCUUCCACCGACGGGAUAGGCUUCGCCAUCGCCCGGCGCCUGGCCCAGGACGGGGCCCACGUGGUGGUCAGCAGCCGGAAGCAGCAGAACGUGGACCGGGCAGUGGCUGCGCUGCAGGGGGAGGGGCUGAGCGUGACGGGCACCGUGUGCCACGUGGGGAAGGCGGAGGACCGGGAGCGGCUGGUGGCCACGGCCGUGAAACUUCACGGGGGCAUUGACAUCCUGGUCUCUAAUGCUGCUGUCAACCCUUUCUUUGGAAACCUAAUGGAUGCCACUGAGGCGGUGUGGGACAAGAUUCUGGAUAUUAACGUGAAAGCCACAGCCCUGCUGGCAAAGGCAGUGGUGCCGGAAAUGGAGAAACGAGGAGGCGGCUCGUUGGUGAUCGUGGCCUCCAUAGCAGCCUACAGCCCGUUUCCUGGCCUGGGCCCGUAUAAUGUUAGUAAAACAGCCUUGCUGGGCCUCACCAAGAACUUGGCCAAUGAGCUGGCCCAAAAGAACAUUCGGGUGAACUGCCUGGCACCCGGACUCAUUAAGACUAACUUCAGCAGUGUGUUUUGGACGGACAAGGCAAGAGAAGACAGCAUAAAAGAAAUCAUGCGGAUAGGAAGGAUAGGCAAGCCAGAGGAGUGUGCAGGCAUCGUGUCUUUCCUCUGCUCUGAAGAUGCCACCUACAUCACUGGGGAGACAGUGGUGGUGGGUGGAGGGACCCCAUCCCGCCUCUAGGACCUGGAAAGAGGCAGAGUGGGCUCUAACUCCUGAGUCUGUUCUGGCAUUUACCCACUGGCUUCUCCCACCCCUGCCUCUGGCGCUGCUCACUCACCCCCCACCCUGCCUCCAAAACUACUAUGAAAAGAUCUGGCCUUUCCCAGAGUCAAAGUGUGGUUGUAUGAGGAUUCCCACUGCUGCUUUGCCUUGGAUAAAGACUUCCCCUGAGAGCACAGAGAGAACCAACUAAUAUUUGGAGGGUGGUAGGGGGCAUCUGGGAAAUUUGAAGAAGAUGGGAGAGAAGGAACAUGGAGUGGAAGCAGCACUGCUGGAAAUUAACAACUUGUAAAUGAGGUGCAAAUAAAAUGCAGAUGGUUGUGUUGUUCUGAA